AGAAAGGUUUUAGAUUGGAAGGUGAGGGUUUGAGGGUUGGAAACAAGAAGAUGAAGGAAGCAGAGGAGCAACUGUGCGAGGCGGCCAGAAAGGGUGACACGGAGAGAGUGAAGGCUCUCAUAGACUCCGGCACCGAUGUCACCCACUUUGACGGCGAGGGCCUCAACCCUCUUAUGCACGCCGCAAAGCAAGGCCAUGCACCCGUCCUCACUCUCCUCCUUUCUGCCGGCGCUCCCUGGAACGGCCUCUCUCCCUCCGGCCUCUCUGCCGGCGACUACGCCAUGAAGGAAGGUCACAGCGAAGCCUUCGACCUUCUUCUAAACGCCGGGAUUCAGGCCGAACUGAUCCUGGGAACAAUUGCGAGGAAGGAAAACAAGAGCGAAGAUUCUGGUGUCGAUUAUUUGGAAGAUAGGGUGAGUUUUAGCGAAGACAAGCUCAUGGACUCUGAAAGCAAAGCUGUGAUGAUGGCGUGGGAGAAGCCAUUGAUGGAGGCUCAUGCCAAAGCUGUUUGUUCGGGAGGGGGCCACGUGCUCAAUGUUGGUUUCGGAAUGGGGCUCGUGGAUUCGGCUAUUCAGCAGUAUGCACCUGCAUCACACACCAUCGUUGAGGCUCAUCCGGAGGUGUAUCAACGCAUGCUUCGCUCCGGUUGGGGUCAGAAGGAAAAUGUUAAGAUAGUUUUUGGCCGAUGGCAGGAUGUUCUGUCUCAGCUUGAAACAUAUGAUGGAAUAUUUUUUGACACCUAUGGGGAGUACUACGAUGAUUUGAGGGAAUUCCACCAACAUCUCCCAACACUAUUGAAGCCUGGUGGUAUCUACUCAUUCUUCAAUGGCCUCUGUGGCAGUAAUGCGUUUUUCCAUGUUGUUUACUGCCAUUUGGUAUCACUUGAGCUUGAGAAUUUGGGGUAUUCCACGCAAUUAAUCCCAUUACCUGUUAAGGAUUGUUUAGGAGAACAAGUUUGGGAAGGUGUGAAACAAAGAUAUUGGCAGCUAGAUACGUACUACCUUCCUGUCUGCCAGUCUGUAGAAGACCCUGAAUGAUGUAGGAAAUUUAUGUUCUGCAGUUUAGAAGAACUGCACCCUCUGCAGUUACUAAUUUCACCAUUGAUGCUAGUUUUUGUCCCUUUUAUAUAGUUAAAUCAAAGGAAUGACUGAAAUCUC